GCUCUAAAAGAGGGACAAAAGUAUCAUAAUAGCAUAUGAAAUAAAAGAGUUGUAGUGUGUUAUUAUUGUUCACAUAUGACACACAAAUUAAAGAAAUAAUGGAGGAAGGUGGUGGUGGAGAAGAGAGGAGGAUGAAGAUGAAGGCGAUGGUGGCCAUAGAUGAGAGUGAGGGAAGCUUCUAUGCUCUAAAAUGGGCCCUUGAUAACUUCUUCAGCACUAUAUCCAUUGACAAUAAUAACAACAAUGAAGAAGGCAGCAUAAUGGUGUAUCUUGUUAAUGUUCAAUCCAAAUUCCAACAACAUAUCUACCCUGUUGGAGUUGCUGGAGCUGGGAAACAUAAGCAUCAGAGCCAAAAGAAAAUGGAAAAUCUGAAUCAACUUUAUUAUGCUAAAAGGAGUAAUCACAUGGAGAUGCACAAAGAGGCAUUACUGAAUGCAAGAAACACCAUCAUAUUAGUUGCUGUUUGAUUGCAACUGUGACUUUUGCUGCUGGUAUUGCUCCUCCUGGUGGUGUAUACCAAGAAGGACCAAUGAAGGGGAAGUAAAUGGUUAUCUGUGAUGCUGAUAGCACUUGGUUGUGGCUCUCUUGGGACAAUCUUCAUUGGUCUUAGUGUGUUGCUGGUUGAACAUUGGCUGAGGAAAUCCAAGUGGAAAAAUACAAGAAAGGAAGGUGCAAACUCUGAUGGAGAGAGAGAGUCAAACCUCAGAUGUUGAGAGCUCUUAUUUACAUGGCUACCAUUCAUACUGAUAAAUUUAGUUUGGUUCAUAAUGAAAAUAAUGUGUCACCAUCCCUACAAUAGUGGUCAAUUAUGUAUACAUUUCAUACAAGAAUUCAUAGAAAGCUACUUGAUCAGUUGAUCUUUAAUCUAUGGGUGAAUACCCCAUCCCGGCCCCUGAUAAUUUUUUCGAAGGGCUACGAGGCCCCGAACACAAAAAAUAUCCAUUUCAGCCCCUGAUCAUGAUAUAGGACUGUGUUGUUUGCCAUGACAAGGAACUCUCAAUAAACUAAUACAAUGCAUUUUUAUAUUUGGUC